AUGCUUGUAAAUAAUAUUCUAAAGAGAGCUAGAUUAAAGGGGCUUGAAAGUUAUGCUUUCUUCCAACAAACACGGAAAUAUAAAAAUCUUUCACCACGGAAUGAAAAGACUAAUGUCCGCCAAAGGCAGCCUAACAGUGUAAAAUCUCAAGUCAAGGUGCCGCUUUUAAAGGGACACCAAGUCCUAACACAAUUGAAAUACGACCCUGAAAAUAAUGACAAUCCUAAUGGAUUCCAUGGAUUUGGGAUAUUACCAUUUAUUCAAGACAAAUUAAACAAAUAUUUACUCCCUAGGAUGCACAAAAUGCUUUCAGUACCAAAUUUCAAUGUUAGCCCCACAUUUGCUCAAAGAAUAAUAUUGACAGUUUUGAAUUCUGACCACAGUGUUAUAUAUAGGAGUAACAAUAUAAACCAAGGUGCCGAUGGUAACGAGGAGGUAGAAGGUAGUAGCACUAAGAAUUCAGAGGGAAAGAGUUUGGCAAUUGCUGCAUAUGCAUUGAAUUUGUCACUCAGUAGAUUCCCCAACUUUGGUGUAUUGAGCAGACACCAUUCAGCAUUCAAUUCAAUAGAUAGUAUUAUCGUUGUGCCGACAUCGAGAUUAGUAGAAAAAUAUCAAGAGUUCAUGGAAAUUUUAACUCAGGAUAUGCCGUUGGAUUGUUGUCCAGAUAGAUUUAUUGAUGAUCAGAGUGGAUUCACUAGAAGACCUUUGAAAGUGGAAUUUUUCUCCAAAUCCAAAGCUAGUGUGGUAUUGACUACAAAGAGUUCCCAAGGGCCUGAAGAUAAUAUUUUGAAAACUAAUGUCAAAAGAGCUCCUCAUGUCUUGGUCACGACCCCAAGUGGAUUGUACGACAUUAUGAAUGGAGAAAAGACCGGGACUCUAGCAACAAGACAUAAUUUGCUGGAAGUUAAAUUCUUCGCUGUUGACGAUAUGAACUAUAUGAUAAAUUGUACAGAUAUAGACCCUAAUUUAGAGAAUAUUACCACUUAUGGACAAAAAGGUAAGUAUGCUCCAAAAUUGGAAAGGAUCAUCAAGAAUUUGCAAGACCUACAAAUAGAAAAAUAUAAUAUCAACCUUAAGUCUAGAUUAGACUCCAUAGAAAAGAACUUUAGGAGACAAAGUGAGGAAUCUGAUGGGAUUAAUGAAAUGGAGAAUGACCACUUCGGUUAUUCAAACCAUGUUUUCGAGGAUAAUUCCCUUUCAACAUCCACAGUUGGUGAUACAGAUGGCAGAAACACGGCCUUAUUGAAAAAAUUAAUCAAGGCAAAGCGUCAAGUGCUUUAUAAGCCUAUUCAAUAUUGCUUCGUCACUGAGGCAGAAAACUCAAUGCAUCAGGUGUUGAGGAAGUUAAAUCAAAGGAAUCAGAUGGAUGACAUAUUGAACAAUAUUUCCACACAAGUUGAACAAAUGGUUACUGCACCCCCACAGAGAGGAAGCGAUACAAAUCUUACCAAUCUUCAACAGAACUAUGUUGAGUACUUGAGCGAAAAGGGACACAGUGUACAAAAAAAGAACUCUGACCCUCAAAUCGAAUACAUUGAAAAAUUGAUCAGGUUUGAUGACACCAAGAGAUUUUAUAGAAAUCAAGAGAGGAAGAUACUCUCAGUUGGUUCUUUCAACAUCAAAAAGGAACAGACCCCAGUCAAAGUAUCAUUUUCCACUUAUUCCAAAAAGGGUGUUUUCAAAGGAAUAGACAUUAUUUCACAACAUCCCCCAACAAGCUCCGAUUCAAUAAGAGUGUUUCUUGAGAAUGUUAAGACAACUAAACAAAAUUUAGAGAAUUAUCAAAAACAAUAUUUGAAGCAAAAAACUUCACAAUAUUUGGCUAAACCACUAAAGAAGCAAAAUGUACUAAUAAAAAAAGCAAUUAAAGGAACUAUUAAGCAAUUUAGGGAGGAGAAUCCCUCUAAUAAAAAGCCAUUUUUGUUAGUAGUGCCUUCCUUCUUCCAAUUCCCAUCGAAGUACCCAUACAAAGUUGGCAAGGAUAGGUUUAUUCUUCACUCCGAUAUCGAUAGGAAGAAAGUGCCUAAUUUCUUCAUUGACCAGGGCCCUAAAGAAGGUCUUAUCUCCAACAUGAUAGUCACUGCUAGUGACUUAGUUGGAAUGGAAAUACAUGACACUCUGAAUAUAGCUAUUUUUGGAAUAGAAGGGCUUGUUCCUCAGUUAGCAAUGACAAAAUCAUGGAAAAAUCCUGGUAUUUUAAAGUACAUUUCGGGAGUAGAAGACCCAAUGGCUGACUUAUUUUACUUCUAUUUAUCCAAGCUCAGUUCAUCGAACGAUAAAGAUAAAAAUAUGAUCAUCAAUAUGAUGGAUGGUGACUUACUUGACAUGCAAAAAUUAAGUGAGGUUAUAUUAUAUAACAAAAUCUUGGAACAUGUUGACGUUACUCGUGUGGUACCAGAGCUGAAUCCUACCAUCUUGCAGUAUGGAUUGACGCCUGACCACAUUGAAUACAACAGUAAAUUAGUACAAGCAAGCACACGCCCAGCAAGUAAAAAAUUGUCUACUGAGUAA